AUGGCUGCUGGUGAGGACACCAUAGAGAGCCCUUGGGGGGCCUUGGCAGAACAGAGCGCAUUGACGGUCAUGGCAUUCGACUUCCUUUCCCUCCUCUCAGCCUUCCAAUGGGGUAGCGUCUUCAUGGGCUCUUUCGUACUGCUCGUCGGCUCCUGGGCUAUGCGCUUCCCACUGACUUACGUUAUAGGGUGCACCAUCUACGCCACAGCGGUGUUAGGAGGAGUGUGUUGGUUCUGUCGUGCUUACAUCCCUAGCGAUGCUGAGAAGGCUAUGUACGAUCAGUCUGGGCUGCCGUUCCACGAUGAGGAGAUGACCAUGCGUCGAGCCGACGAUGUUCCUCCAAGUGGUAUGGAAUAG